CCCUGCUUUUAUCUUAAAAUGUCAAAGUCGAAGUAUUUGAUUAUUCGAACCAAAACAAAAUUUUAUAGCAGUAAUUUUAUUUUAUACUUAAUAGUCAUUCCUUAUCAGUAUCGAUGUAAUGAUUUAUGGUAAAAUGUCUGUUUUAUUCUCUUCGAUAACUACGGUUUUACGUUUAGGACCAAGAGAAUAUGUAAGACAAAAAUUCAAAUUACCAUUAAUAAAAUUUAUACAUGAUACAUUAAAGUUGUAUAAGACUCGGACAAAAGCAGGAGUGGAUACUAUUAAAGAAGUUUUAUUUAGAGGUACAGUGAUAGCUUUAAUAACAGCCCUUUUAGUUUGGUUAUCAAUAUUUAUGUACGUCGCAUUUUAUUAUGUAUAUGUACCAGCAGUAUCACAUGAACGUCCAGUGCACUUAAAAUUUAAGCCAUGUGGGGCGACAGAUCAGUAUACAGUUGAAAAAAAAGCGAUUUGUAGUUUUCCUUCUGCACACGUAAAGCUAACAAAGAAACAGCAACUCUUAAUGAAUGGACAAGCAUACAAAAUACACUUAAAUUUAGAAAUGCCAGAAUCACCUGCCAAUCGGGAACUAGGUAUGUUUAUGGUAUGUGUAGAAUUUAUGGGUAAAAAUGGAAAUCUUCUAAAUAAUUCCUGUAGAUCUGCAAUGCUGCACUACAGAGGAUUAAUACUGGAUACUCUGUACAAGUUAUUCUUCAGUCCUUUUUAUAUUCUGGGUUCAGCAGAAGAGAAACAGACUGUUAAAAUUGAACUUUUUGCAGAUUAUGAAGAAAGAGAAGAUGAACCAGUGACUGAUAUUUUUAUUGAAAUACAAACCCGAAAUAUUGAAGUUUAUUCAGCCAAAUUCACAGUAGAUGCUCAGUUUAGUGGAUUGCGGUAUGUGAUGUUCCAUUGGCCAGUUGUAUCUGCAGCCAUGGGUAUUACCGCUAACUUAUUCUUCAUUGCACUCGUUUGUUUUAUAAGCUGGUACCAAAUAAUCAAUUCCGAAGAAUAUAUAGAAUAUCUUGAAAUUGAAAAGACUAAAAAGACAGACAAUGAUGAGUGUAAAGGUUUAAAGGUACCAAGUAUCCUGGAUAACGUGUUAGAAAGUGAUCUAGGAACUCUAACCCUACUUCCAGUAUUUGUAGGUUUAGAUGUGGGCUCAUCUGUAUUUUCCUAUUUGAAUAACAACAUUUUGAAUAUUCCUUCAAGGCUUGCAAGAUAUAUUAUUGAUAUUAGUGAAUAUAAUUAUUUUAAACAAAUAGAAACAAAUGAUAUGAAGUUGAGAUAAAUGGUGGUUAGCUAUUGGGUUAAUAUUUUUAAACUAGAUUCAGAAUCAUCAUAUUCCGUAGAUUAUGAUGAAACAUCAAUGCUAGAGGAAUCGCAUUAUGAGGGUAGAAGAGAAUCCAGAAAUGAGGACUUUGUCGAAAAUGUAGAGUCAUAAAAUUAAUAUAUAAAUAUAAAUAAAAAAUAAA